AAAAUAAAAAUAAAAAAAAAAAAACAUAAAAAAACAUAGAAAAACAUAAAAAAAAAAAAAAAAUCAUGUUGUUGUUUUAGCCUUUCCUUCUCAGUAUUGUUUAUUGUACCCUGUUUUGUGCUGUGGAUUUUUGUUUUGUCUCUUCAUUUUAUUUUUUUUUACUUGUUGUUUAACCGAUUUUUCUACUAUAAAUAUCAAUUGAUUUCCCGGUUUAAUUGCCUUCGGCUUUCUCUUAUUUCUUUCUUGUAAUAUUAAAAAAACAACGUUAAAUAAAAAUGGGUAUUAAAGAUAAAUUAAAGAGAACUUCUAGAAUUUUUUCUUCUGAUUCAAAAGAAAACUUAGCUACUGAAGCACCAAAAGAAGUUGAAUCUAAAAAGGAAGAAACUGCUGAGGCCGCUAAAGACACUGAAGAAGCUGCUGAAACCGAUAUCGAAACUGCUAGAAAAAAUGCUGAAGACAAAUUAGAUUCUAAAACCGAAGAACCAGCUGCCACCGAAGAAGCUGCUGCUACUACCGAAGAACCAGCUAAAGAAGAAGCUAAAGCUGAAGAACCAGCUAAAGAAGAAGCUAAAGCUGAAGAACCAGCUGCUACUGAAGAACCAGCCAAAGAAGAAGCUAAGGCCGAAGAACCUGCCAAAGAAGCUAAAGACGAGGUUAAAGACACUUCUGAUAAAACCGAUAAAGCUCCAAAGAAGAACGAUUUAUUCAAAAAAUUAUUAAACAAAUUUAAAAAAUCAAACUCUUCUACUCCAGCCGCCGCUAAAUAAUCGCCUUUACCGUAUUGAUUUUUUUUUUUUUUAAUUUGUUUAACUUAAUUCUUUCCCUUUAAUUCGUCUUAAUUGUUUUGUCACUAGUUUAUUAUAUUCUAUUUUAAAUACCUCUGUUAUUUUUAUAAUAAUCUUUCUACUUUUUUUUUAAUUUUUAAUAUUAAUUCAAUUUUGUUUAUGCUAACU